AUGAAAAAAACAAAAGUAAUAAAUAACCUACAUGAACAAGUAAAAUCAUUAGAUGAUAAUAACAUACCAUAUAAAUAUUAUAGCGCGUCAAAUAACAUAAAUAUUCAGAAUUAUUUAAAAGAAAGUAAAAUUAUAUAUAAAUGUCCGCCGAACUCAUACAUAAGUCUUAAUGAGUUACUGAAAUUAGUUGACACAUUAAAUAAUUCAGAAAAUGACAAUGUGAAAUAUUCAGUCUGUAAUUCCGAAAAUGGAACAAGUGAAACAUGCAACAGGAACGUAAGUAAAGAUGAGAACACUUAUGGACAAGUCAAUUAUAGAUCGCAUAAUAAUAUAAAUAAUAACAUUUUAAUGAGCGAAGCAAAGAUGUUUAAUCAGGAUCCUUACCAUAAUGCUGCGUAUCAUAGUUACAAAAACGAGUACAUGGAAUAUGGAUAUCAUCAUAAUUGUCAGUACUACGAUAAAUACACUAGUAAUAACAAUCACCUGAAUUCUAACAACCCAUCGAAUAGGAACACAUACAUGUUUCAUGAUGAUUAUCGAAAUGGAGGAAAUUAUGGGGGGCAUGCCCAUCUGCAGAAUAAUGGAAACGAUCGAAAUGUUGAUAACAGGAAAAACGAAAGUAGAUCUCGUGAUAACAACAACGAAACCAAUCAUAACAUUGUCAACCACAACAUGAGCAACCACAACAUGAGCAACCACAACAUGAGCAAUCACAACAUGAGCAAUCACAACAUGAACAACCACAACAUUGGCAACCACAACAUGAACAGCCAUAACAUUGACUACCCAUCUAGCUGUAGAAACGCAUCAGGCUCUAACGAAGUAUGCACUCUAAGUAGCGCUCCAUCUAAUCCCAAUGAAAGGAAAGAUAUAAUUCCCAUGAACCCCAUGAAAGCGCAAACCUCACCACAAGCAUCUGUUAGUAACAAAGAUGGUAACUUGCUGAAAAUUUUGCUAGAAUGCAGAAGUAAUUUGUCAAAAUGGAAUAAUAUUACAGAUCCAGAAAAAUUAAUUAGCACAAAAAAUUUAAAAUUGCUCCUGUUACAUCGCCCCAAUUCAAUUGAUGACAUGAAGAAUUUGAAUUUAACAGGAUUCGGGGAAGAUAAAAUAAAAAAAUAUGGGUACUAUUUUUUAAAUAUAUUUUUAUCUGGUUACAUCGAAGGGAAGUAA